GCGAGAGAGAGGGACCGAUGAGACCGCGCUCUCGCUGCCGGUGAACUAAUUAUACAUGCCCGGAAACAAAGUGCGGUGGUCACAAUGAACUUGAGAUAAAUUAGAUAAAUGGAUUCGUUUCUACAUUUGUAUCAUUUCACCAUGACAACGGACUGAGUGGAAGUCUGCCAUGGAGAGGAAUAACACCACACAAACUCUGGAGCUGGGAGAAUGUGAGCACACACUGGACACCAGCGCAGCUCUGGACAACUGCACAGACUCUGCCAGCGGGAACCUGUCUUUACGCUGCUGGUUGCAAUUGUUGACAAAGGAGUCUAGUUCAACACUUCAAGGUGAUGGGUCUAGUUUGGCUGUGCGUGUGAUGAUCGCUCUCAUUUAUUCAGUGGUAUGCGCUCUGGGACUUGUAGGCAACUCUCUCGCGCUCUACCUGCUACACUCACGCUACCGGCAGAAGCAGUCUUCCAUCAACUGCUUUGUGAUGGGUUUGGCUCUAACCGACCUGCAGUUUGUCCUAACUCUCCCGUUCUGGGCCGUAGACACGGCGCUGGACUUCCGCUGGCCCUUCGGCAAAGUUAUGUGCAAAAUCAUCAGCUCCGUCACCACUAUGAACAUGUACGCCAGCGUUUAUUUCCUGACCGCCAUGAGUGUGGCCAGGUACUACUCUAUCGCGUCCUCGUUGAAGAUGCACAGCCGCAGAGCUGCGGCGGCUGUGGCCAAAUGGAUCAGCUUGGGCAUCUGGGUCGUAUCCCUGAUAGCGACACUCCCGCAUGCCGUUUAUUCCACGAUAGCCCAGGUUGCAACGGACGAGGAGCUGUGCUUGGUGCGCUUCCCAGAAACGGGAAGCUGGGACCCCCAGUUGUUGCUAGGACUGUACCAGUUGCAAAAGGUCCUGCUUGGUUUUCUGAUCCCACUGGUGGUGAUCACCGUAUGCUAUCUACUACUUCUAAGAAUCGUGCUAAGCCGCAGGAUCAGCGGUGUGGCUGGCUCCGAAAGUGAGCAGGGCAGGCACAAGCGGCGCUCAAAGGUCACUAAGUCUGUUGUGAUCGUCGUCCUGUCGUUCUUCUUGUGUUGGCUUCCCAAUCAGGCCCUGACUUUGUGGGGCGUCCUCAUUAAGUUCGACCUGGUGCCCUUCAGCAAGGCCUUCUACAAUGCCCAGGCGUACGCUUUCCCGCUGACUGUGUGCUUGGCCCACACAAACAGCUGCCUGAACCCGGUGCUCUAUUGUCUGAUCCGCCACGAAUUCCGCGCCGGACUCAAAGAGCUGUUGCUGAGGGCCACGCCGUCCUACCGAAGCCUUGCUCGACUGCUCCCCCGCAAGGCAAAGGUGGCCGAGGCGCCUCCUGUACUGGUUCUCGUGCAGAUGGAUGUUUGACGCUGUUCAGGGAAAAGCAGAUCCUUCACAUUCAUAUUUGCUUUUGAUUGACAGGACGAAGCAGGCGUGAGAAACGUCCUUUGGGAGCUGCCCCACUUUCCCUUCCUCUCAUUCAGAAACACUUGCGCGUUUGUCUUUCUCCUCUAACUUCCUCUGUACCUUUUGAUGCGCAACUGUUUUCACAUGCUCCUCUGGUCAUCAGAACCACUGGGAAAUUCUGGACCCAUUCACCUGUUUGCUUUGCUGUACAUUCGUAGCACUGCUUAAGGAUUUUCCCCCAAGACAUCCUUCAAGGUUUUUCAGCCUUUGAAAAAAGAAAGAAAGAAAAAAAAACUGUUGAGAUGUGGAGGGGUUCAGCCCUUCUCUUAUUUUAUGAGAUAUAAAAAAUGAAUAUGUGAUGGGGAUCAGUGGUUAAUCCAUCAAUCAUUCAAUACAUUGUCAAUUAUAAAUAUACUUGCAGUUGUGUAGAUAUAAUGAAGCUUCACAUCUUUUGAUUUUUCUUUCAGUGUAUUUAAAUCCUGUACAAAAUAAAAACUAAACUAAUAAAAUACCUACCUAUGUAGCUAACUAACAAUAUCAUAAUUUUGUGAAUGACCAGUCGAACUGUGCAAUUAAUAAGUUUGACCAUUUCUCUUUGAUUUGACAAUACUGGCUAUUUCUAAAUAAUUAAAAUUAGUAUAAAACUAUAUUUUAUUAUAAAUACACCAUAUUUGAGCCCUAAGGGAUAGCAUAAAAAACACAAUUUUGUCAAUUCACCUUCAUAUCGUUUCAAAUCCAUUUCACUUCCAGAAAAUGCCAAAGGAGAUGUUAACAGAAUGUCUGAGCUGCUCUCUUCUUCACAAUGAAAGCAGAUGGAGACCAGGGUUAAAAAAAAAGAAGAGAAAAAAGCAUCAUAAAACUUAUAUUCAAGAACUAUUUUUCAAGUCUUCUGAAAUCAUGUGAAAGCUUUUUGACUGAAAUUUUAGUCAGUAUAAAUUAAAAAUAUCACCUGAUAGCCACAGUCCACAUUGACUUUCAUUGUAUGGAAAACAGCAGGAAACAGCUUUUCCUUUUGUGUUCUACAAACAAAAAAGUCAUCCAAGUUUUGAAAGACAUGAGGUGGAGUAUAUUAACAGAAAGAGCUUGCUGAAAGCUUUAUUUGUUGACUACAUCCUCAGGGACUUCAUUAAUACAACUUUGGCAUAAAAUAUCUUUGUAGGAAUGUACAAUAAAUCAUUUUUGGACUCUAAAUCCUCAUUCCUAAGUCAUCAAACAGAAUAAAAAAAAUCAAUCUGAGAUAAUUAGUUAUAUGGGAUUAUUGACAAUAAAAAAGUAAGGCAAAGCUAAAGAGUUUUAGCUCAAUAAUUAAAUUAUUUUUAUUUAUUAUAUAUUGUAUAUCAGUUAUUCUUUCCUCCUAUAUUUAUAUAUUCUUGCAUUAUUUCACAUUCAGUACACAUUACAGAUGUUCUUUUUAAGGCUUUGAGGUUUUAGUAAUUUGGUACCACAAAUGCAUAGACUUGCACGUUCCUUGCACGCAGAAAGAAUACCUUUUAGCCAGGUAUCAUUAAUCAGUCCUGCAAUUUUCUGAAACUCUUCCAAGGACAUUGUUCCUCUGAUGAACCGUUUCAGAUGAGACACAGAUUUGUCACUUUAAGCCACUUUCUAUGAUUUGUCUCUUCAUUGACAUUGACAGGUCGUGACAUCGGGAAGCCUGGGGCAAGUUGUCACACUUUUUUACAUUAGACAUUUUCAUUGUUAUUGCUCAGGACAAAAAAAAAUCAGUUCAUUAAACACAUAUUGACCUUUUGGGAAACAUGCCCCAAUAACAUGCUAUCACACUAUAUGGGGUGAGUUAUUACAAUUAAACCUGCAUUAUUUAUAGGAUUUUCAGGAAAAAAUAUAAAGACUAAAACAAUUACUACACACGCACACAAAAAACAACAACAUACAAAACAUCACUAUCAUAACUAUUGUUAUUGGCAACAAAUUAGAUUAAUAAAUUGUAUAAAUUUACAUGUGACAACCAAGUCUUGCCUCAUAGUCUUGAAAACACUGAAUGACAGAUUGAAACUGUGGCUACAUGUUCAGUUAUGAAUCUAUGAAUUAUUAUCUGUAACAGAGAAUCGCCCCAGCUGUGAGUUUCUCUUUCUAGGUGUUGAGGGCAUGCAGAUGAGCCGGUGCGAGAGACCAUUAAUGAGCCAAACUGAUUUAAAGAUCUGAAUCUGAACUCACUGUGCUUUAUAAUUAUGUGGUGACAUUUUGGCCCAAUGUCAGAGUCGGUGGGGAGCUUUGUUGUCAGUAUAUUGAAGCCCUUAGGGUGUGUUUUAGCUUGCUGAACUUACUUUAAUGUCUGUAUGAAGUAUUUAUUACCUUAUAAUAUUAUGUUGUUUGUAAAAAUAUAUAUUCCACUAACAAAAUUUGCAAAAAGCUCUUCUGGACAAAAAUUAAUCUUGUGUACAUUUUGAUAAAAACAAUGUGUGUCUUAAAGGUGUAAUUUACCUCAUUUACAAAAAAAAAAAGAAAAAAAGAAAAUGACUUUUUAAAAAAUGUUUUAUGAACGUACACUCACAUGAGACUGCAAUCAUAUCAGCCUAAUAAAAAAUAUCUCAUGUUGAUUAUGGCUACAGCAUUUCUAAGGGUAUAUUUACACGACAACAAUGUACUAAAAACGGAAAAGUUUUUCCUUUGCAUUAUUAGCAUACAGAUGACACCACUGUCAAAACGAUCCAGUUCACACAGAUCCACGAAAACGACUAAAAAGCU